GGAGGAGGAGGAGUGGGGUAUGUGUCACCCUAUUCCUCUGGGCACUUGGCCCUUGUUCUAGGACGGCCUCUCACCAGUGUGAGAGGUAGAGUAAAACUGGGGCCUGUUCCCUGGAGCCUUCCCUGUGCAUUGUGGACAGAACAAACCCUAUGUUGUUGGCCCCCCAGACCUCAGAAGAUGGAAAAUGGGGCUCAGGCCAACCCCAAAGAGUUCAGGAAGAAGGGGCUGGUUAGACUCCUAUCCUGGAAGAUGUCCAUGGAGCAGAUACUCUUCCCCAGGGCUGCCUCUUUUUGGAAUGCCACCAGGUGCAUCCCGGGCAUCAGGAAGCUGUUCACAAUCACCAUUCUAGCAGGCAGUGUCUUGCCUAUGGUCCAUGGAGGUCUACUGAACUUGAAGUCAAUGGUAGAAACCAUCACAGGGAAAAAUGCCAUCCUCUCCUUUGUGGGCUAUGGCUGCUACUGUGGACUAGGUGGUCGGGGUCUACCCAUGGAUGAAGUGGACUGGUGCUGCCACGCCCAUGACUGCUGCUACCAGAGGUUGUUUGAACAGGGCUGCCACCCCUUUCUUGACCGUUAUGAAUUCUCCAUUGAUAACAGGACCCAGACCAUCACCUGCAGUGAGAAGAACAAGACAGAGUGUGACAAGCAGACCUGUGAAUGUGACAAGAAAGUUGUCUUGUGCCUCAACAACCAAACAUACCAUGAGGAGUUCCGCAAUUACCUCAACAUCUACUGCAAAGGAAAUACUCCGUCCUGCAGCAUCUAUGACCCUCUACCUGUGGAGAUUGAGUGUAGACACAUCCCUAAGAUGCCUCCUCCACCUCCCUAAGCUGUGCUCCCUCCCUUGAGCCUCAGGGAGAAAGCUAGGCUGGGGAGGGCCCUGAUUCUCAGUCCUGGUGCCUUCCUGGCAUAACACUCUUGGGGGUGGGAGGAGAGACACAGCACAGCAGGUUAUAAUGGGUCCCCCAAAAGAGGUCUGAGAAGAAAUGUAGGUAUGGGGCUUUCCUGGGGUGUCUUUGUGCCAGGUCUCUUUGAGGGCUCUCCAUGACACAGACCUUUGGGAUUCAAAGGCCACAGGAGAAGUUCAAAGACAAAUGAAACAGGUUUGACUCUUUCCUGGGCCUAUAAAUAUUAUACAGGUUUACUUAUUGGCCAGGACCUUGGCUGCUAUUUUCCUGGCCACCCCUUGGCUCAUGAUCUCUUGACAUCCUCUAUCUUUGGGGCCUUGAAUGCUUCUGGGAGCCCUUUAGAGCAGAACCUACUGGCGUGG